GGGGUGAAAAUGGAUGGGAGGUCUGGGCGGGUAUAGGUCUAAAUUGUGGAUUCAAAUGGUUGGUUGCGGGUCAGGUCGGGCCGGACCCAAUGUGUUUCCAACCCUUAUGUAAUGUGGGACACACGCAGGCUGGUGUCCUUUCACUCUAUUAUCGGCGACACGUAAUAGCGAUGGGCAUUGCUCUCAAUCUACUUAAACUUUUUCGAAUUGAGGCGCACCGACUCGCUGCUCUCUUUUUACUCCCUCCUAUUCUCUUUCACUCUCUGAAGCUCCGUUGUCUCCCUUUAAACCACCCUCGUCCCCCUCUCUCUCUCUCUCUCUCUCUCUCUCAUUUGCAGAGGUGGAGUUAACCUCGCCAAAUCUCCACUCGAAAACCCUCGACAAUGCGGCCUCCACUACUGGCAGCGGCCCUACUAAUCGCACUCCAAAUCUCAGCCACCAUGGCUGAGACCUGCCCCUACGACAUCCCAUAUGCCGCCACCCUCAUCCCCCCCUCAUGCUACCGCAACUACUCAGACCCUGCCACCAUAGCCCCCCAGACCAGCUGCUGCUGGUUUGUGUUCGCCUCCUUCAUGUAUGCCGUCAUCCGCCAUGCAAACUCAUCCUCCGUCGCAUUGUUGCCUGAAUACUCCGCCACUUCCUGUGUCACGGCCUUCUCUGGCUACCUCCUCCGACAAGGCCUCGUCCGCCCCUCCCUGCUGACCUCAGACUCCCGCUGCUCCUUCGAAACUUCGGACCAAUUCGUCGCUGGUAAAAGGGCGUGCCAGUACUCUACCAUGGCCGAGCUCAAUUCCUUGUUGAAUCUUUCCUCGGCCUCCAGCAAGUGUCUCACACGUGAACUCGCCGUGAACCAGAGCUCAUGCUCCGCGUGUCAAAACUCCAUAAUCUCCCUGACACUCGGCUUGUUAAACACCACUAGAAGCAAGGAAUUUGUGCCUUGCGGAAUGGCGGCGACCAUCGGAAUAUGGGCUCAGCUGCCAGAACUUGAGCUUUUCCGCUCGUUCGUUCUCUGCAUUUUACAGGUACUAGAGAACAUCGGCGUCCUAGGAACCAGCAAUCUCGUCCCGUCUCCACCGCCUCCAUCUGCCGGAAUCCAACUCCCGACCUCCGGAAAACACCACCGGAAAAUAUACAUCGCGGCCUUUUCCGCCUCCGCAGCCUUCGCCAUAACAGCCAGUGUGAUUCUCUUCCUGGUCUUGGCCAAACGCUUUCGAAAGCCCAAAACUGUGAUGGCUCCUGGGUGGGGCGGUACGUUUACCGGAGGGGAUUGGGCCGGAAGCUCGCCGGAAUCUCCACUUCCGACGGAGGGCUUCUAUGUAUUCACGAAAGCUGAGCUAACGACAGCCACCAAUGGGUUUGACCGGAAAUUGUUCCUCGGAGAAGGGGGAGCCGGAAAAGUCUAUUUAGGGAAACUUCCAAGCGGUCAAGAAGUCGCCGUGAAAAGGAUUUCACAUCAAAGGAAAGUGGGUCAGUUUUACCGCGAAGUCGAGCUCUUGGCGAAAUUUCGGCACCGAAAUUUAACUGCCCUCUUGGGCUACUGCCCUGAGAAAAAGGAGCCCCUCUUGGUGUACGAGUACAUGCGAGGGGGCAGCCUCGCACGUGCAAUGAAUCAGGACCGUCUGUCGUGGAGGCAUCGAGUGAGGAUCGCCGUUGAUUGUGCUGAGGGAUUGGCUUAUCUCCAUGACUUUCAUAACGGCCCCGUUAUACACCGGGACGUUAACCCCACAAACAUUCUCCUGACGGAUUCAGGUGACGCCAAGCUUUCCGAUUUCGGCGUGUCCAAGUAUCGACCUCUCGGUGUCACUCACGUGUCGACUGAGGUCAUGGGUACAGCCGGGUAUUUGGAUCCGGAGUAUUUUUUCGGCGGGCACGUAACGGAGUUUGCUGACGUGUACAGCUUCGGGGUUGUUAUGUUGGAGCUCUUAUGUGGACGGAAAACGUUAGAGACGCCGUCGGGAGGGUUGGAGCCGUUAGUUGGCGAAGCGCACGUGUGGGAAGCACCUGAAAAUUUGGCCGGAAGAAGAGCAAUUCAGCGAAUAGUAGACCCGAAGCUAGGGCCCGAAAUAAACGAGGUAUCGAUGGGGGAGUUUCUGAGGGUGGCUUGCACGUGCGUGAGGCGACAGGGAGACCAGAGGCCAACGAUGAAACAAGUGUUAGACUCUUUGCUGGGGAUUUUGAAGGGGCUCGAGUCCGAGGGGUCACCGGGUAAUUUAGAAGUUCUGACUUUAAAGUCGCCGGAAAAGGCAGAGGUCAUAAGUGAUGGGAUCUCUAUCUCGUCUACAAUGUCUCCAUAAGUGGGCUUUGAGCAUGGUGAAUGCUGUAUCCUGAUUACUUACUUUCGCAUCUAACAGCUACAAGUAAAUAUGAUUAUCUUCCACCGAAUCAAUCAUAAACCAUCUUAUUGUAUAUUCAAUAAAAAAUAAAAUAAGUAGUUUUUUUAUAUUGAAAAUGGAGAGUUUAAUGUAAUUAAAAAUAGGGUAUUGCAUAUGUCCAUAUAUUUUUUGUAUAUUGUCAUAUUUAUUUGUAAUUAAGGUAAUGAAUGUCAUAAUGGUAGCCGAUCCUCAAAUAGUUGGGAUGAUUUGAUUCUUACAGGGAAAAAUAUACAAUAAAAUUAUUUACGUUUGGUACAAAUAUGUCAAGUUUAUCUAUAAUCCAGCUGCCUAACGUAUUUCAUUGAUCAUGCUCACAGUAUGAAAAAACCCAAAUUCGUUGAAUACAAGUGGUAAUCCAGCUGCCUGAGGUAUUCCAUAGCACUAGUGGAACAUUUGCUCAUUUACUUUGCCUGUCAUUUCCUAUAUCUUUCAUUAUUAGCUGUAAAAAGGUGUCUACGGGGUUGAUCAGAUGUCUUUAUCUCCUUUUUCAUCUAAGUCAGCUGUAUACGUUUAUGUUGGUACAUUCUUGUUGAUUCAGGAAAAUUGUUCAACAUUUUACUCAUUUACAACUAUUUCAACUUAUAUGUCUUUUUUAGGGUUUUUUAAUAUUAGUUAUUAAAGGGUCAAAUAAUUAGUUUCUUGAGUAGUUUUAUAAUAAAUUUUUUUUGAAAAACUCUACAAUUAUUCGUCUUGACCUCGA